GCCAUUUCUGUAUCGGGGAACUGCUGUGCCAGCUGGGGCGAUGGCGCUGUUCCCGGCGUUUGCGGGCGUGAGGGAGGCCGCUGAGGGUGGGAGCGCCAGGAAAGAAUUAGACUGGCUGAGCAACCCAAGCUUUUCUGUUGAAAGCCUGACGUUGCUGACCCACCAGGCUGAGAAGCCGGCAGCUGUGGUUGGCGGCGGGGUCCCGUUGACAAGGGAUUCUCUGAAAUUGGAGGGUACCGAUGAGAGUGGCAGCGAUCAAAAGCCCACACAGGCGAGUAGGAAGAAGAGGAAGGAGAGAAGGAGCAGAAGGAAGCAUCGGCAUCGGGAGAAGUCCCAGAGGAAGCGUGGGCGGUCGGGCAGCAGCGGCUCGGCCUCGGGCUCGGAUUCCGAGCAGGACGGCUCCUCCCGAGGCGGCAGGAGGGCGUCUGGGAAGCCAAGCCCAGGAAGUGCCGCUGCUGCCGACCCUGGACUUCACCUUGUUUGGCUUGAGGAUGUUCAGGCUCUGACUGGAGAGACCUUCAGGACAGACAAGAAGCCUGAUCCUGCCAACUGGGAGUACAAGUCACUCUACCGAGGCCACAUAGCAAGGUACAAGAGGAAGGGAGACUCCUGCCUUGGCAUCAACCCCAAGAAGCAGUGUAUAUCUUGGGAAGGGGCUUCCACAGAAAAGAAGCGUUCACAUAAGCACGUUGAGCGCUAUUUCACAAAGAAGAAUGUGGGCUUGAUGAACUUGGACGGUGUCGCCAUUACCAGUAAGACUGUGCCCCCCUCCACUGAGCCCGAACUGUUUAUCCCAGUGAAGGACGCAGAUGACGUGGCUCCUCCUGUUGCAAGCUGGCUGAAUCCUCUGGGGAUUUAUGAUCAGUCAACCACGCAGUGGUUACACGGACAGGGUCCCUCAGAGCCAGAGUCGAAGCAGCCUGACUCACAGGCGGACAGAGAGAGUGCUGCUCUCAAGGCCAAGGUUGAGGAGUUCAACAGGAAAAUUCGGGAGAACCCCCGGGAUAUUCAGCUGUGGAUGGCAUUUGUUGCUUUCCAGGAUGAGGUAAUCAGGAGUCCCGGGCUGUAUGCCAUCGAGGAAGGUGAGCAGGAGAAGCGGAGAAAGUCCCUGAAGCUGCUCCUGGAGAAGAAGCUGGCUGUCCUGGAGCGGGCCAUCGAGAGCAACCCGAGCAGCGUGGAGCUCAAGCUGGCCAAGCUGCAGCUCUGUGCCGAGUUCUGGGAGCCCCCUGCUCUGGUCAAAGAGUGGCAGAAGCUCAUCUUUUUACACCCCAAUAACGCAGCCCUUUGGCAGAAGUACCUUCUGUUUUGCCAGAGCCAGUUCAGCACGUUUUCAGUGUCGAAGAUUCACAGUCUUUAUGGAAAGUGCCUGAGUACUUUGUCUGCUGUGAAGGACGGCAGUGUCUUAUCUCACCCGGCGUUGCCUGGCACGGAAGAGGCCAUGUUUGCACUCUUUGUUCAGCAGUGCCACUUCCUGCGGCAGGCUGGCCACUCGGAGAAGGCUACCUCUUUGUUUCAGGCCAUGAUCGACUUCACCUUCUUCAAACCUGACAGCGUGCGAGACGUGCCCACCAAAGUGCAGGUGGAAUUCUUUGAGCCCUUCUGGGAUAGCGGCGAGCCCCGAGCUGGGGAGAAGGGAGCCCGGGGCUGGAGGGCGUGGAUGCACCAGCAGGAGCGCGGUGGCUGGGUGGUCAUCAACCCAGAUGAGGAUGAUGAUGAGCCAGAAGAGGAUGACCAGGAGAUACGAGAUAAGACUCUGCCCAGGUGGCAGAUCUGGCUUGCUGCUGAGCGCACCCGAGAACAGAGGCAUUGGCAGCCCUGGCGCCCUGAUAAGACCAAGAAGCAAACGGAGGAAGACUGUGAGGACCCUGAGAGGCAGGUGUUGUUUGAUGAUAUUGGACAGUCCCUGAUCAAACUUUGCAGUCCCGAUCUUCAGUUCCGGCUCAUCGAGGCCUUUCUCCAGUUCCUGGGUGUGCCUUCUGGCUUCGUGCCUCCUGCCUCCUGCCUCUACCUGGCUAUGGAUGAGAACAGCAUCUUUGACCAUGGACUUCACGAUGCAAAGCCCUUGACGUGCCUCAGCUCUCCGUUUUCCGGCGUCAGCUGUGUUGGCCACAUGGACCCGCUGGGCGGUCGUCGAUGGACCCGCGGUCACAGUCGCGACGGGGAGGACUUCAUCCGCAACAUCUUCCACCUGGUGCUGCCCUUGUUUUCAGGCAAGGAGAAGUCUGAUCUGUGUAGCUCCUGGCUGCAGUACGAGACUGCCAAGGUCAUUUGGUGCCUGCACAGCAAAAAUAAGAAGAGAUUAAAAUCACAGGGAAGGAACUGCAAAAAACUAGCCAAGAAUCUACUUAAGGAGCCAGAGAACCGCAACAACUUUUGCCUCUGGAAGCAGUAUGCACAUCUGGAGUGGUUGCUUGGCAACACAGAGGAUGCCAGAAAAGUUUUUGAUACAGCCCUCAGCCUGGUGGAAAGCAAAGAGCUGAAGAACCAUGAACUCUGCGAGCUUAGUCUGCUGUACGCCCAACUGGAGGUGGAGGCAGAGCUCUCGGCCGAGUCGCGCGGGUCUGCCACGGCCCGGGCUGUGCACGUGCUAACCCGCCUGACCGAGCGCAGUCCCUACAGCGCCUACGGCGGGCAGGUCUUGGCCGUGCACAUCCUGAAGGCUCGGAAGGCUUACGAGCAUGUGCUGGAGGACAGUCUGGGGGAGGUGUGUGCCUCCGCUCCAGCUGCUGCCACGUCCGUCGCCUGCCUCGUCAGCGUGGCCAGGUGCUUUAUGCUCUUCCAGUACCUGACUGUAGGGAUCGAGGCCGCCGUGCAGAUCUAUGAGCAGGUGCUUGUCAAACUGAAGGGCUCUGUGUUUCCAGAAGGCUCUGGCCUGGAGGACAGGGCCGGCCCCCCGGGGCCGAGCAGAGUUCUUGAAGCCGUCACGCUGAUGCACACGGGUCUGCUGCGAUUCCACAUGCGAGUCAGUGUGUACCCCCUGGCUCCCCUGCGAGCGGCCCUCGUGGAGGCCCUCACGCUGUAUCCUGGCAACGAGGUGCUUUGGAGGUCAUUUGUGCAGAUUCAGAAUAAGUCCCACAGUGCCAGCAAGACCAGAAGAUUCUUUGCUGCCAUCACCAGGUCGGCCAAGCCCUUGGAGCCUUGGCUGUUCGCAAUUGAAGCUGAGCAAAUGAGGCGGAAGCUGGUGGAGACAGUGCACAGGGUGGAUGGCAGGGAGGUCCACGCCACGAUCCCCGAGACGGGAGUGACACACCGGCUCGCUGCCCUGUUCGAGAAUGCACUGCGGCGGGACGAUGGCGGCCAGUGUCCCCUGCUGUGGAGGAUGUAUUUGAGUUUCUUGGUUUCCUUGGGAAAUAAAGACCGAAGCAAAGGUGUGUUCUACAGAGCACUUCAGAAGUGCCCAUGGGCAAAGGCUCUGUACCUGGACGCCGUGGAGUACUUCCCCGAUGCCCUGCAGGAGGUGCUGGACCUCAUGACGGAGAAGGAGCUGCGUGUGCGCCUGCCGCUGGAAGAGCUCGAUCUCCUGCUGGAGGGUUAGGACCUCGGCGGGGUGGGGCCAGGUGCUGGGUGCCUGGGUUGAGGCCUCACGUUUUGGAAGGCUGGGGUUUACAUAUCAUAUAUGUGACACUAUUUAUAUGUAUGAAGAACCAGGCCUAUGGCCAUUAAAUAUGCCCUGCAUGA